GACCGUUAUCAGUCCUACCGCGGGUUUGGGCACGGCCUGACGCGUCUUCUCACAAAGUUUUGGAUCGCGCGGUUUCCUACGAACGCAUUUUAGUAUUUUUAGUUCAUAUUUAAUUCAUUCCAUUACGACUCUACCAAGUUUCAAUCAAUGAAGUGACAAGAAUUUCAUUCAAUACCGUGUUUUGGAGAUGAGUGUGUUGUUUUAAAACUGUGCAAGCUCGGAUUUCGGAAAUUGUUUUAAAUUUUCACGCGUGAAAAGCAAGGAUGCGCGGACGCACGCCGCGCUGGCGCUGGAUCGUGGCGGGCGGCGGCGCGCUGCUGGCCAUCGCAGCCCUGGGCGCCGCCCUGGCCUGGACCGCCAUCUUUGAUUCUGUUCUGGCUUCUCAAUUAGCCCUCAGCCCGGGCUCCCGCUCGUACCGCGACUGGGUGGCGCCCUCCAUGCCGCUGUACUUCGAGGUCUACCUCUACAACUGGACCAACGCGGAGAACUUCCCGCUGGAGAAGCCCAACCUGGUGCAACUUGGUCCAUACCGGUUCCGGGAGUACCGGCGGCACGUGAACAUCACGUGGCACCCCCACAACGGCUCGGUGUCGUACCGCAACCUGAAGAGCUGGCACUUCGACCCCACCAGCAACGGGACCCUGCAGGACAACAUCACCACCUUGAAUGUCAUCGCCGCUUCAGCGGUCUAUCGGUCCCGAUUCUGGGGCUUCUUCCAGCAGAAAGGUCUCUCCAUGGGCCUCGCUAUGUUCGGCCAACACAUCUCCGUGUCCAAACUAGCCAGGGAAUUACUCUUCGAGGGUUACGAAGACUCUCUCCUGGAGCUGGCGAAGAGUCUGCCACCCAGCACUACUGGUGGUGCACCCCCUAUCGACAGAUUUGGGUGGUUUUACGAGAGGAACAACUCCCUGGAUAAUGACGGCUACUUGGAGGUGACUACAGGACAAGUCCGAGGCACGCUGCCGGGACAAAUCAUCAGGUGGAAUCACGAAGACCACCUCCCGUUCUAUGAGGGCGAGUGCGCCAAGCUGUCAGGCAGCGCUGGCGAGUUCAUGUCCCGGAGUUUAGACGAGGACUCGCAGCUGGAGAUGUUCAUCCCGGAGCUGUGCCGGACCGUGGCCAUGGACUACGAGGGGAGCGGGGAGCACGCCGGCCUUAUGUACCAUAAGUACGGCAUCUCGCGCUCCAGCUUCGAUAACUCAUCUAUGUCGUCCAACAACGCGUGCUUCUGCAACGGCGCGUGCGCAUGGGGCGGCGUGAUGAACGUGUCUGCGUGCCGCUUCGGCUCGCCGUCCUUCUUGUCGCUACCACACUUUCUGCACGGGGACCCUGAGCUCAGAGACAUGGUCACAGGCAUGGAGCCAGACCCUGAGAAGCACUCGUUCUAUUUUGCUGUGGAGCCGAGAUUGGGAGUCCCUCUGGAUGUCGCAGCGCGGUUUCAACUUAACAUUUAUUUGGAGCCAAAUCCUAAUGUUGCUCUCUACGAGAACGUUCCACGCAUGCUGUUCCCAGUCUUCUGGGUGCAGCAACGAGUGCUAAUCGACGAAACCGUGGCAGUUGAGCUAGCCAUGGUCCGCAGCAUCCUCGACUGGGGAGCCACCGUGUGCGCGGGCGCAGCUCUCGCGUUCGCGACCGUGGCUGCCCUAGCCACGUGCUUCCCGAAGAAGAAGCACAAGGUGGACUUAGCAGCCGAGAAGCUGAAGGAAGACGAACUCAAACUGAACCCCAUGUGAGGGUAGUGAUGUGCGUGCACUUUUAGGGGCCAAUAUCGCGAGACAGACAGUGGGAAUGUUGCCAUAAUUUGAAUAUUGCGUUGUCUUAAGAUUAAGACGUUUCAAAACACAUUUUUACUUGGUCAGUUUAAAUUAUGACUUUUGGAUUGCGUGACUUCGUUGCAGUCACUAUAUUGAAAUUGUUCAUUCUACUGAAAUACUCACACGCAGGGAUGAAUUUAUUGUAUUAUGUCUGAAAUAGAUGAAAUGAUUAGGAUGCCUACUGCGGUAAGCCCAUCACAAUAAUAUUUUUAUAUCAAAAAUGUAUAGGUAUAGUUACAAAGAAACUUAAUUUUAUACUGAUGAUGAUGUGGUAGAAGGAUACACGAGUGAAUGUUGAUGGAAAAAAGUUCGAGAUUCGAAACAUUUUAGGUUAAGUUAGUUGUUCUGUACUUGGCCGUAAGGCCGUAAGGUUUACACCUUCCAGUAACUUGACUAACAUAUUUUUGUAUCGAUUAAACUUGAACAAAUUCAUAAUAAUAAUAACUAUAUUUGUGUUUAUCCCUAGGAAUUGAACCAAAGACUAGGGUCAAGGUCCAAACUACGGAAGCUUUAAUAAAGCUAAUAAUACAGAGUCGAAUUUUUGACCCUUACCAUCCACCAUAUUAAGUUAUCUUGUGACACUCCUAAAUAAAUUAUGUAUUACAUUAGUUACGUAAGUAAAUAAAUGAUCCAAAGUGAGAGAUGACAGUGUUUAAAGGACUUUGUUCAUUAUGGGUGGUUCUAAUUUUAAUGUGCCAUAAUACGAGUUAAGUAUAAGUUAACGAAUUAAUUUAAUUUUUAAGUUCUACUAAAUCACACUCUCUAUUUUAGUUUUUUAUUUACAUACUACAUAAUUAACAUAUUUUACAUUUUGUAAUAUUUUGUUUAUCACACCAUUAAUCUUUUUAAUCUGUAUAUUUUAUGUUUAUUUUUAUCAAAUUAUUGCACAAAGUUAUAUGUUUUGUCUCUGCCACCAUAUUUUUUUUUGCUAAAUACUUACGUCGUCUGUACGAUUAUUUAUUUCGUUUUGUAUUUCACAUUUAAAAGAAUAACCAUAUUGCCAUUUCUUCUUUUUUAGAACAACAUACACAUUCCUCUAUUGUGAUAAGAUUAUAUUAUUAUAAUAAGCAUAGUAUAAAAACCGGCAAGUAUGAGUUUUACUUGAGUAAAUAUUUUUUAUUGCUUUUUAGAACCCUGUGAAGAUUUUAUGUGGUAAAUACAUUCAAAUCUUUGUAAGAUCAAUAAAAUAUUACCAAUUAUAUUUUUCUCUGUAUUAUUUAUAUGAAAUUACAUCAUUAUGCUCGUUUAUAUUUUUAUAUGUAGGUAAAUAAUAAGUAGGUAUGUACGUAGUGACUAUAGGAUAUUCUGUGAUAUUUCAACUCCAUCAUGAAAAUAAUGAUAAGGUAUUAUUUAAUUUAAAUAUUUACAUUAUAAAGUAUUUUACCUAUGAAAUUGCCGUUCCGUAUGGACAGUUACACUUAAUUUUCAGUAAUAACAUUUAUGAAAUUAAUAAAAAUAGGUUCAUCAUUCUUCAUGAUGAUGUAACAAAACAUUCAUUUAAUUACCCAUUGAAAAAAGUUAGCUAAAUAUCACGGAAAUUAAGAAUCUGUACCUGGAAAACUGUUGCAGAUUAUAUGUUGAAGAAGAAAUAAAAGAAAUUAAAAAAAUGGUAAUACUUACCAAUUAAGUUACAGGAAUUUAUGUAGUUACUCAUGAAUGAUAAUAAGUAGGUAUGAAAAUUAUGGCAAUUUCAUAAGAAAGAAAAAAUAAAGUAGUUGUGAUGACACUACGCAAUCUAAGUUAUAACAUCUCAAAAUAAACUUACAU